UGUCUGGGACAUGGAUGGACGGAAACCCCGACGCCCGACUUUGCAGCCGCUAGUUAAAUAACUAGCUAGUUGUUUCCAAGGAUCUUGCUGCUAAUUAGUGGGCUUUGGAGGAAGAUUGCGCAUGAAGGAUCCGGUAGCUUGCUGUUGCUGCCUAGCUACUGGUGACUGAUAAAGAGCUGGCGCGGUCUUGUAGAAAGAACAAUCAAGAAAAAAAAAAAAAAUCAUCUUCUCACAGUUGUUUCUCUUCGACUUUCUUCGAUUGUUCAUAACUAGUCAACUAGUUAGCUAGCUGUUAAGCAUUGGAUCAGUAGCUGUUGUAGUUACUACUUCGACUAGUUACCAACGAGACACUGAUACCAUGGCCAUCUCCAACUCAUUACCGGUCUUGGUCGUUGCCAAUCUCUUCGCCGCCAUGUGCGUUGGGUUCGGUAUCAACGCGAUACUGCGCCCUGAACACGGCGUGUCGUUCUUCGAGCUUGCUCCGCCCACCGUCGACGGUCCAGAGAAGACCCUUUUCAACAGCCUGAUGGCCGUUUACGGAGCGAGAGACGUGUUUAUGGGAGUGGCCAUUUGGGCCGCUACGCUCACCGGGGAGCGAAAGGCGCUGGGCUGGAUCUUGCUUGGUGUGAGCGCGGUAGCGUUUGCGGACGGUGCUAUUUGUGCAGUAAACGGUGCUGGAGAGUGGAAUCAUUGGGGAUAUGCGCCUGUUGUCAUGGUCGUGGGCCUGCUGGCCCUGGGCGUUUUGGACGGCAGCAAAGCGAAGACGGCUUGAUUAAAAGGAGCUGCUGGAUAUUUGUCUAGGUUGAUAUCGGGCGACAACUGUUGUUGAUCUAGACGAACGGGUGUUUUUAUAUUUCAAAUAACAAUUGACGAUUUACAUCCGCCCUGCCACCCUGCAUAUGGGGUAUGCCUAUGCUAUAUAUAACACAACGCAAGUAACUCGACCAGGAGAGAGGGAUAAAAAAAAAAAAAUCCGAGAGAAGUGAUGAGAGGAAAAGAAAGAAACACCAGCUGGAGAAGGGAGGAAACAAAAUGAUAACACUCAAUGCAAUAUAAAGACGCCAGCGCGCCUGCACCCUUCAAUACCAGAGAUGUUGCAUACAACGCACAUGGGCUAGAGCAAUUAAGCAAAUGUAAGAAUGAGAAAAAGGGAUAAGAAUGUAAGAGCCAAGCUGACAUUUUUUUAAGGGGUUUAGACAUGGAUGGACAAGUAGUAAGCAUCUGGGGUUAGCGCUGGGCCAAAACACUAAAGGGGAGUGUAUUUGCAGAGAACACAGAAGGGAAAGAAUAUACCCGCACGGGCCGAUGUGGCGCGGAGAAAAAAUAUGGGCCCUAACACCUCUGUAUAAAACGCAAUUCGGAAAAUUCAUUGGAGGAUUCAUAGCACGUAUGGGACUGGUGGCCGCGACUGGCCGGAUGAUGGGUGUUGCCCGGUGAUUGGUAUGACGGUCGAGAAAAGGACGGGGACACAUAAGCAUAGAUGUUGCCGUGUCAGCUCUUAUGGAUAUUACUGUCGUCAACCAGAUGGUUUUCAUGAUAGUCACCGUCAUGGUGGAGUGUAACACUGUUGAAGUCUUCGAAGGGAUCGGCGACUUCUCCCAACGGCGUGGCUAGCCCAGAGUCCAUUGGUACACCAGUCAAGUUACUGG